AUGAGACAAGCUUCCAGGCAAAAGAUGAGCUUGGACACAGAAGAAGAGGGAGAAGAUACUGGCAGAGACUGGUCUUACAGCCCAGACCAAACACAACUAAGGGUUGUAAGACCUCCUCAGAAACCAGCUACUCUACCUCCAGAAACACCACAACCAAGGAGAAGGGUAUUACGCCUCCCUGUGCUGCAAAAGAAGAUGUGUAGAGCUGGUAAGUAAUCAUAGACAAACUUUUCUUCAACUUAAAAUUGUUACAUUCUAAUUUGGAUCAGCUAUGUUGGGAAGGGGUGUCUGUGCUUCAGUGGUAGAACUGGUUGUCUCGUAGAUAUUGGUGGUUUUACACCAGCUCCUCAUGCUAAAGUGUCUAGCAACUAAAAUAGUGCACCCCACUGACCAUUUACAUCAUUUGUAGGAGAUAAUGUACAGUAAACAGAUGAUUAUGUAAAGUAGAAUCCCAACAGGGUGAGCAGGACCCCAUUGUAGAGCAUAGAGGUUUUGUCUUGAAAAUCACAAAAUCUCAAAAGUCUUAGAGCCUAUAAUGAUGAUAUCUUAAAGACUAGAGCUGUAAUGUUAGGAAUUAAGGAAAAAAGUUUAUCAAAUAAGUUGCAUAAAUCAAUAAGAAGAAACGGUACUAACAAUUAUUUUUGGAUUUUGUUCCUCGCAGAAAAAGAAGUCCCUGGUGGAUACCAACUCCAGACAGCAGACGACCAACUACAGAAAGUCCAAAGAUGUUUGGAGCAGUUCACAGACUCUUCUGCACAUCAGCCUCGACCACCGACAGGCCCAAGACGACACAACUUAUUGCCACCUUUAUCAACUCCAACAAAAAAUACAUUGGCUUCCCAGGCACAAUUCACCCCCGCUCCACCUACGAAACCAGCCCCAUCCAAGAAGACUAGGUUCCGGCGUGCUGGAAAAGUCAAAGUGGUAAUAUGCGAAUCACGGUUGAACGAGCACAUUGACCUGGACCUCCAAGACCUGGACCCCUUGAUUUACCCAGAGGAAAGUCUGUCCUAUUGCUUUGAGCUGUUGAAAGAUAAAAAGUGGUAAGUUUUUCUUUUUUUUUAUCUUAACAAUGAUCUUCAAUAUUCUAUUGAUAUAAGCUCAAUGUUUAGAUGUAAUGCUUGCAAAAUUUAGCUUGCUUCCUUGAAGUUAUCCUCGGUUCACUGUCAUAAUCAUCUACUCGGCAUACAAGACAGUUCUCCAUAACUCAUUUGUUGUUGCACCAGUGAAUCAAAAGUUCUUACAUUAGUCAUCUUUUAUACAUUUUGUUUGAAACAUACUGUGAUAUUAGAUUUUUUGAACAAAAGUUUAACAAAUUUAUCAUCUCAUGCACAGGGACAAGAAGAUAGAGGGACUGAAACUCAUCCAAGCUCUGGCACAGCACCACCAGGAGAAUUUGGAGUUCAGGUUUUAUGAAAUAUUAGAUGCGGUAUUAGACGAGGUAAAGAAGUCUUUCAUGUCUUUGUAUCCCUAUGUCUUUAAGUGUGAACAUUGAAUUGUAUCUGUGAUAGUUGUAUGACUGCUAAAUGUUUACCUCUGUUCUUCCCCCCAGGUUGAAAAUCUACGCUCAGCUGUGGCCAGUGCAGCCAUUGAAACCCUGAAAUAUCUUUAUGUCCAUCUGAAAGAAAAAAUGGACAAGGCAGUUCAAAGAACAGGCGAAGCUCUGCUGCUGAAGGUUGCACAGGCACAUAGUAAGACCUUCCUCCAGCAGCAGGUCGGUGUGGCCCUUAAGGCAAUGUUACUGAACUGCGACCCAGAACCAGUAUUACGUGUGCUGGUGCAAACAGGUUUAAGGUAUGUUUCCUGGGACAAAAAUAUUAUAAUAAACACAGCAGUAGUAAAUUCAAAAAUAUACAAAUACAAAAUGGAACAAUGUGACUAAAAUUGUUUAUCCUUGUACUUUACAGCCAUCGGAGUGCAACAGUGAGAAAUAGCGCAGCACAGCAUUUACAUCUGCUGGCUGAUUUAGUCGGAGCAACACAAAUUCUGAGCGCUGGAGGGACCUUCACAGAGACAUUUCUGUCUGCUGUGAAUGAAAUGGCUAUGAACCCCACUGCGGAAGUCAGGUAACUAUUUAUCCGUCUCAUCAGUUUUCAAACUGUGCCAAAACUCUGAUUUUGUCUGGUUUGUAACUCAUCUCACAACGUUCAUUUUUUCUUUGUUGAAUUUAAUGUUGAUGACCAAAAUGCUAACUGAAAUCUUAUUUUUCUUCAGGACUCACGGAAUAACCAUCCUCAAGAACAUUGCCCAAGAAAAGAACUUCAAGGAGCAGUGGAUGCUAGUUGUCAAAUCCAAAGAUCGACCCUACUUGGAGAAGAUCAUGGCAAGGAUUGCGAGGGAGUAG